AGGAAACAUGCGUCUAGUUGGAUGUUAUCUCUAAGACUUUGAUGAGUCGGAUCAAUUUUUCAUUAAAAUGCCGAUUAUGUUUGCUAUCAAGGCGACACGCCCUAUCAGAAGCCAACUAUAUUUUCUAUAAAUAAAAAAUCUUUAGAUGCCAAAUUAAAAAAGAGCGUCUUUGUUUUUUUAUUCAGGUAUUCAUGCACAGUGACCGUAUAUUUCUUUCACGGUUGUAAUGGAAACUUCAACAUUUAAUUUCUCUGAUAAUUCAGAAUAUCUCGUAUAUGAGGACGGCGAAAUGUAUUCUACAUCGUCGACACCACCCCAACAGGUCAUACUGACACCUUUGCCGCCGAAUGUUCUACAAGCGAUUGCAUUUGCAUUUUCUACGUUCCUGAUCAUUAUAUCGAACACUCUAACCUUGGUAGUACUGCACUUGAAGCCGUCCUGCUUUGAGGAGAUCCCGCGCCUUAUAUUCCAGGGCUUGGCCGUUACCGAUCUCCUGACCGGUGUGUUCUGUUGCUUCUUCAGCUUCCUAUUCUCCUGCGCCCCGCAUCUGCAGAACUCAAUCACGUGUACCAUACGAACGAUGGCCUGCACAGGAUGCCUAAACCAAUCGGCCCUCACCAUGGCCUUUGCAACCGUUGAUCGUUACGUGGCCAUCACCAAACCUCUGCGGUAUGUAUCGAUCAUGACGGCGAGACGCGCACGAGCUGUCCUCGUCAUCCUCGCCUUCGUAUCCAUUGGCAACGCAAUGUUCACCAAUGUUGGAGCCGACUUUGCAUCAACCAAGAGGACAUGCGUAUCGGACUUUUCAGCAGUUGGCAUCGGUAUAUCUUUCCGGCCAUCGCUCGUCGUCAUCCUUCUUAUAUUCUACAGCAGCCUUGUGAUCUCGACAUUCGCGAACUACAAUGUCGUGCGGAUAGCUCUCCGUCAUUCCCGUAUCGUUGGAGACGAGUUUUCACUUCGGCAAAACCCGAAUAUGCCGAGUGGCACUUCGAGUUCAGCUGUUGGAGCGACCAACACGGUACCUUAUUUGCCACAACCUGCUCGUGCUAACCGAAUCAAGAUGCGAAGCCUUUGGACCGUAGUCAUGGCGACGAUAUCCUUUUACAUCUUGGUGAUGCCUUGGAACAUCAUGGCAUCCCUUCACUUCGCUCACCACGUCACGAUUCCCCACUCGCUUCGGAUCGCGGCCGCCUACCUCCUCAUCAACAACUCCUGGUGGAACACCGUUAUCUAUUCUCUCCUGAACACGUCGUUUCGCCGCGCGGUUGGUAAAACACUUCUCCGGGCAUGUGGGCGUCCGAUGUCGGAUUCGAGCCUCGAGUCGACAAUAGCAAUGGAUGGGCGUGUAAAUGUCUACAUUCCUCAGUAA